AUGGGCGAAAAUCUGGAUCUGACCUACCGCAAUGGCACCGACAAGGACAACCAUGCCAUGCCAACUAUUGAACCCAUAAAUAUCGUCUGCAAUGCUCAGCCUUUUGGCGGUGGCCCCGGCGCAACUCUCAUGGCAGUUAUGCCGUACUUGCGAAACCGGCUGAAAUCUCUGGGACCUGUAGCACUGCAUUACGUAGGAUCAAGUCUCACGAUGGACUUCCAGAAGCUUACCAAGGCUGACUGGGACGGCUCACAUCACAUCGACCUCUAUUCAAAUCCAGACAUAGGAAAAAAAGAGCUCAUUUCUCUCCUUCAACGCUUGAAGCCACGGCUCGUUGUGACAUCUAUGGAUGAGCUUGUUGCUGCUGCUGCUCAAUCCGCUGGCAUCCCUGUGGUCAUCAUCGACCUGCUACUAUGGUUUUGGCCUAGUAUUUCUCCUCAUUGGCGUCAAGCUGAGAUGGUGAUUGCUGCGGAGUUCUACGGCGUCCAGGAGCGCAUCAUCAGCGAAAAUAUGGACAACGUUGUGACAGUUCCACCACUUGGACCACCCCCAAGAACUACUGUCGGUCCCUCCAAAGACAUUCUCCUCAAUUUCGGAGGAAUGGUCAAUCCUCUAAUGCCAAAAGAAGAAUAUAUCGCCUAUGCGCGCCUUAUUUAUAGCGCUGCGAAGCGUGCUCUUAACUUGCGCAACGCUGCUCUGCCAAAGUCUCAACAUGCCAAUUUGAUAGUGUUAGUGGCCAGUUUAGAUGUGGCACGAGGCAUAGAUCCCGAAGACCCGGAAGCCGCUCGCAUGGUCCUACCUGAUGAGGCACUGGAAUUGAUGGCCUCGGUAGAAUUGGUAUGCUGUACGGCAGGACUAGGCAACUUGUAUGCGGCCGGCGCUGUUGCUAAUGCAGUACUGCUUUUGCCGCCUCUGCAUGAGGGUCAUGCAAUUCAGACACUUUUGGUGAAGAAAGCUGGCGUACCUGUAGACGCCGUGGAGUGGCAUGAAAUCACAGGUGGCACUCCCAUCAACUAUUACAAUGGGUCACUAGAGAUCAUGGACGAUGUCAGUAAGGCCCAGAAUGAAGUUAUUAGCAGCGUCCAGGCUCAAAAGGCGUUGGCCGAUCGGCUGCUGGCGGCCAUGUUGCACAGCGCGGCGCCUUCAGCUCAGGGUCCGCCACUGAGGAAGCUCAUCACUACGUUUGGGCAGGAUAAUGGUGAUGCUAUGGCUGCUCGGAUUGUUGAUGUGUUGACAAAGGUCAGGUAG